AUGGAUCUAUCGUUCGGUGGCCAUAUGGGUGGAUUUCCCUUAUCUGUCUUUACUUUGAUGCAUCAAUUCUGGACUAUUUUAUUCUGUGGUUUAGGUUUUGUUAAUUCAAAAAGCUGACACUAUAUUCCACUGGUUCUAAGCCUUAUUUGUAUCUUUCAUUUGUUUGAGUGAAGCUUUAUUUGUAUCUUUGGUUUCAUUUAAUUUUCUUCUUCCUGAACACACGGGCACAAACCCUGUACUCUUGCUCUUUGCAGUCGUUUCAAGAAGAAAGAAUUGAUCGACCUAUUAACUCCCCGACUAUAGAUGCAUCUUUUUCUACCAAAGAAAGUUUUGAGUCUUUUGAUCACAAUAGGUCUUGAACAAAUUAAAGCACUGCUACUUCUGCCUACCUUUUCUUUUAUCUUUCAGCUCAUCAGCCCGUGAUUAUUUUUGAUACAAUGACCAGGGAAAAAAAGGCGCCUUUGGUUUAUUACUAUUGAUUCCGUUCGUUUUAAUCCUUUAUAAUAUUAAUUUCUCCGUUUUCCGCAAGCUAACAAAGUACUAUGUCUGAUUGAAUCUUCAUUACUUUUCUCCUACAGCUGUAAUUAAGUAACAUACUCAUCAUGAAAAAUAACUCUCUCAGAACAUUUUUGUGUUCUGCCAAUGAUUCAUAAAAUUUGUAUAUAAUUGCAUUAACAGUAUUGGAGUCGCCAGUACGAACGAGCAGACAAAAAUGGCUAAAGAACUGGACAAAAACUCUCGUCUUACUCAUAGGAGGAUAUAUAUAUAUUGUCUGUUGGAGCUGUGAGACAGAGAGGCCAUGGAAGGAAUACCUAAUCAAAACUCAGUGACAAAGCCAGUAAUGAUAGAGAAGAAGGCAAGGCCACAAGAACAAUUGAACUGUCCGAGGUGCAAUUCCACCAACACCAAGUUCUGCUAUUACAACAACUAUAGCCUCACACAGCCCAGAUACUUCUGCAAGACUUGUAGAAGGUACUGGACAGAAGGUGGGUCCCUCAGAAACAUCCCAGUUGGAGGAGGUUCUAGAAAGAACAAGAACAAGAUCAUCACUUCCUCUUCCUCUUCUUCAUCAACCUCAUCAUCGUCAAAGGUUCCUGAUCUAAAUCCACCAUUACCGAGUCUCUCAGGGUUGAAAGAUCCAAGUUUGAACCUCUCUCGAAGCCAGAUGAUGAACCAAGGCUUCCCAACGAAUUGUACCAUUUCCAACCAGCAAAGUCCUAAGAUCCAUGGAGGCCAGGAUCUUAAUCUGGCUUUUCCUGCUUCUUCUCUUUCAGCUCCUAGGGUUUUGAAUAGUAAUAAUAUUCCUUAUGUUCCUUCAUUCAUGAUGCCCAAUAGCUCGUAUGGUAACCUUAAUUACCCAUCUGGGUUAAUUCCCAUGCAAGAAGAAACUAAGCCGAGCCAGCUGGGAUUUUCUGUGGAUGGGCUUGGAAAUAGAUCAUACGGAGUACAAGAGAAUGACCAUAACGGCGGGAGGCUUUUGCUUCCUUUCGGAGGAGUCAAGCAGAUUCCGGGUGGCGAUGAAGUGGAGCAAAGCAGUAAAGACCAAGGGAAUUCAACUGGGUUUUGGACUGGAAUGAUUGGUGAAGGAUCAUGGUAAGAAAAGGAGGAAACCUAUACAGUUUCUUUUUCUCUGUCUUCCAUGGAUUGUCGUGAAAAGAAAAUUAAGCAAAAAUAUCUUGGACGAUGUUUGUUUUCGGAUUCUUCAAUAAAGAUAUAGGACAGGGAGGGAUUUUUUUUUUUUUAAAUGAAAACCUCAAUCGCAUUUCGUGUUGUUGAGUUGUUAAGCAUACUUAAUUAUCAUGUUUUUAUUGAAGAAACUGAUGACAAACAUCUGAAAAAGUUGUAAUUAAGUGUUGUUCGAUUGUCAUCUGCCGUACGAAAAUCAGAACUGACAAAAGCAUUCUUCUUAUCAGUUGCUGUGGUUUGUAUACCCUCUUAAUUUGCUAGCUUAUUUGAGAUAGGAUGAUGAGGAUUUUAAGUUUUUAAUUAGCUCGACUUGGUUGUUGUUGUUAAGUAGGAGAAAGAAGUGAAUAGAAGCCUGCUUUAUUUGUGUGAGGCAUAUAUACGCUUCAUAUAUUUGUAGAUCAGCUUAUUAUUGAUAUAUAAUGCUUUCCCAAGUUCUGAGUUAAA